AUGUCGUCGUACGAUGAGAUUGCACCAGAUGCUAUAUCUCCAGGCGACUUCACCAGCGGCCUCAACACAACACCGGAUCGUCCGCUAAAGCACCUUGAUACUGUCGUGGCAUUGUACGAUUUCCCAGGAACCCAAAACUCACAUUUACCAUUGAACUUGGGCGACACUGUGUUCGUGCUAUCUAAAUCCCCCUCGGGAUGGUGGGACGGAGUAAUUGUAGCGCAGAACGGUGAACUCUUAAGGGGCUGGUUCCCCAAGAAUUACGUCAGAUCUGUGAACUAUGUCCAGCCGGUGUUGAACAAGUUGAAGAGUAACAAGGAAAUUGACUCGAUAACUGCAGCCAACACUGCAGCCAAUGUAUUGAUACCCCUGUUUACCACCUUACUUCAGAAAAACUUGAUAGAGUCGGAGAAGAGUUCUACUGGCAGUAACACAAGAAAGAACUCGGUGGUCAGUUUUGCCAGUUCUGAUACUAGUGACAAGCAAUCCCUGUCUCAAUCACAACCCCAAUCUCAGCUACAAUCACAGCAAAUCCAGUCUCUGGCACCGCCAACCCUUAAUCUUACUUCUUUCCCUACAUCUGCAUCAACGAGCCAGUCACUGAACCAGAGCCAGAAUAACUCUUUGCAACCUGCUCCGCAAACUCACCUUCCGCUGACCCUGUCACUGUCCUACCAUCAACAAUCCGUGACAACUAUUACGUCAGAUUUCAAGGGCGAGGAUAGUGUCUUCAACACUGUAGAUGACGUUGAAAAAAUUAUUGAAGACUUCAGAGAAAACGAUAAAGACUUUGAGGGUCAGUUGACCUGGAUAGGUAAAAUUACCUCAGAGGGGAAUUGGGUCUACUAUAACGAAAAGUUGGAUAUUUAUUCAUCUAAUCUACCACUUUCAACAUACGAUAGCAAAAGAGAUUUCGACUUGCAUCUUGAAAUACCCUCCAUGAAAAAUCUUCUUGACGUUUCAGUGAUAUCAACUCUGCCAUACGGUGAGAAUCCGUUGUCUCAAAACGAACCCAACCAUAGAUCAGGCAGCAACAGCAGUGUCUUCACCGUCAGUGAAAACAUUCCAGGGGGGACUGGAGCUGCCCAUACUACUUCAGAGGAUGGAGUAGGCUCGUCUAGUUUAAAAUCAAGACACUCACAUAAUUCGAGAGAAGAUUUGAAAAGAGAAUCAAAUGCAUCGUCAGUGAAUUCUCAGGGCAGUGGGAAUAGUUUGUACCAUCAUUUCCAUCAACCAUUCUUUGCCAUGGAGAACCUCUUUUACAAACAUCCUGGUGACAUCUCGAGUUGGACCGCUUUGGGUGAGAAAUUUCAGUUCUUGUUGGAUUUAUCGUGGAGAGCAUUACAAGAAAACAAUAAACAGUUGUUCAGUACGCAUUUUACUCGUUUGAAUAAAAUGAUAUCUAUUUUAUUCAGUUGCUUAAGAUUACAACACAAUGACUAUGUGGGAACGAAAUAUGAAAGAACAAUUAGGAGAAAGUUGAAAAAGAUAGCGGCGUGCUACACAAGAAUUUACACCAAUGGAUUAUUACAUUUGAGUGUUAUGCAUUACAACUCCUCGUUGGAUAGUAAAUUGUUCAGCUUGGAUAUGACGAAGUUAAAUAAGUCGACAAGUCCAGCGGAAACUGCUAUGAAUUCAGUUUCUUCUCAGACAACAGUCGUACCCAAUAACAACAGGUCAUUGCGAAGCUUAUCGCAAGCGACACAACCACUUUCGCCUACUUCCCAAGUGGUAAGCAAUCAGUCUGUCACAGUGAGCCAACUUGAAAAUGAAGAAAUCAUGACAAGCAAGUUGAAAGAAUUGACUCAUGAUCCACAAGCGAACGACCAUUCUUCUGAAUCGUAUACAAAUCAACUAGAAGAAGAUGUUAUUUCCUUACGAAGCAAUAUAAAGCAAUUGGUGAAGAUUUUCGUUAAGAUUACCGAAGAAAAGAGAGUUUGGAAGCAUGAUUACAAUGGCGGCUCUGAUACAUCUGAUGAUGAAGGCGAAGACCGAUCCAACACUUUGCCUCAGAUAUAUCCAAGAUUCAUCGCUGGGGAAUUCAAUGGGGGUAAUUGGUGUAAUCCAUUUUUCAGUCAGUCUAACCCAGUAUUAAAUGCCAGUGGUGAUGAGUUGAAGAAUAGAUAUCACCUGAAAAUUAUCAUUGACAGAGAUGCCUACAAGUCCAUAUUAAAUUUCAGCCAAGAGAUGAAAAAAUUAAGUGAGGACACUAUGAAGUACUUGGAUCCUAAAGUUCAGCACAACUAUUUUAAUGACCAAUUAAAAGGAGAAAGGAAUACUCACAUUUUGAGAUUGAUAUAUAAGUUUUUGUACUAUGCUGGACUGGUAGUCGAUAUCUUGGAAGCAUUUGAUUUCACUGUAUUUUGUUUGAUUAAGAGGUAUAAAUCUAAUGAAGAAGAUGUUGGAAUCCCUAGCAACAACAAUGACAGUAAUAGUAACAAAAACAAUAGUAAUUUGACUUUCGAUUACCCUGUUGUCUUGGAAUUUUUCCAAUACAAACAACAUUUCCAUGAUUUAAUUAGUGAAAUUGUGAUGGCCACUCAACUGUUGACGCUUGAAGAUCCAGAAGUGUUCAAGGGAAUGCAUGGAGAAGAUGAACUAUUGUAUGAUAGAGACAUAAUGAGGGACCCUAAGGAAAAGGCAGCAAAACUUCUUCUCAAUAUUUUGCUAGAAGAGACCACUAAAGUUAAAGGAGAUGCAAUAUCAUUGAAUGCAGAUGUUUUGAUGUCCAAAAGUCUAGAUGAUGGAAUCAACUUUCUUGAUAGUAUUUUAUCAUUGAUUCAACAAUUAAUUGAUGAAAGAGAAACUAUAUUAAAUUAUGCAACAAGAGUAAUGCAUGAUGAUUUCAACGUUCAAUUAUUGGUGAUUGAAAGGAAUAAUACCAUUCUGAGCGAUAAAUCUGACGAGUACUUUUCUGGAGGUGGACAAGCUGAACAAGGUGCUGCGGUGAUGUCAUCCGGUAAUAAGAAGAGAGAUAACACUCCGUGGUUUUUGGAAGGGGAUGAGGAAUAUGACUUACUUUUAGAUAUUAAGGGCAACAUCAAGGGAGGUAGUAAAGAAGCUCUUAUAGCACACUUGACUAGACAUGACUUGUAUGAUGUGAAUUUCAACUCCGCAUUUUUAUUUACUUUCCCAACAAUCAUGAGCUUAAGUGAACUCAUAAGCUUGUUGAUAGUAAGAUAUAACAUUGAAGCACCAGAAGGCUUAAGUUAUGAAGAGUAUAACACUUGGAUUAAUAAGAAACAAAUCCCGAUAAGAAAUCGUGUGUUGACUUUGAUGAAAGUCUUAAUUGAAAAAUUUUGGGCAGCUUCCUUUUCGAAGAAUAAAUCUGUACUCAAGAAAUGGCUUCAAUUCAUUCAAACUACACCCACCGUUCAAAACAUUAGUACAGGUAAACUUGUUCUGUCACAUUUACAAAAAUUGUUACAAGGGGACAUUAUUUAUAUAGAAAGAGAACCUAUAAUUCCCAACACAAAGCCUCCCGCUCCGUUGGUUAAAGGAUCUUUAAUUCCAAAGAAAAUGAAGUUAUUGGACAUUGACUAUAUUGAAUUGGCAAGACAAUUGACGAUCAGAGAAUUCAAGUUGUAUGCUAAGAUAAACAAAUACACUUGUCUUUCAAAAGUGUGGGGAAGAAAAUCAGGAAUUAACGAGAGUAUUGAGGAUAUUACCAAUUUUAUCAAGUCUUCAAAUCAAUUGACCAAUUACGCUGCCUAUAUGAUCUUGAGAAAGCAAGAAAUCAGGAAAAGAGUGCAGUUAAUCCGUUUCUUUGUCCAAGUGGCUGAGAAAUGUAGACAGUACAACAAUUAUUCUUCGAUGACGGCCAUCAUAUCAGCGUUGUACUCCUCUCCUAUCCAUAGAUUGAAAAAGACAUGGAAAUUAGUCUCACCAGAUACUUUAUCUCAUUUGCAAAACAUGAACAAGUUGAUGAAUUCAAGUAGAAAUUUCAACGAGUACAGAGAUGUAUUAAAAUUCAUUGGAUCAGAACCAUGUGUUCCAUUCUUUGGGGUUUAUUUAAGUGAUUUGACGUUUAUUUUCCAUGGGAAUCUGGACAUCUUGAUGAAUAGAUCCAGAAUGGUCAAUUUUGCCAAGAGAGCAAAGACUUUUGAAAUAGUCACAGCCAUGGAGAGAUUUAAGUAUAAUGGGUACAAUUUCUUAGUUGUGAAAGAAAUCCAGCAGUACCUUGAUUCUUGGUUUGGCAAGUGUCCGACGAUCGAUGCACAGUAUCAAUUGUCAUUGAACUUGGAGCCAAAAGAAGUUGUGAAGCCAGGGGGUAAUUUCCGCUUAAGCAAACUGAGAUAA